AUGUCGGAGCUGGAGCGGCUGCGGCGGAGCGAGAUCCCCGCGGGCCGGGAGCGGCUGCGGGAGCAGCACGGGAACCUGCUCAGGGUGGCCGAGUACUGCCACAGCAACUACCUGCAGGCCGGCGACAAGCGGCGGGCGCUGCAGGAGACGAUGGCGCUGAGCACGCAGUCCCUGGCCAGCGUCACCUACCAGGUCGGCAGCCUGGCCCGCGCCUUCCUGCGCCUCAUGGACCUGCAGGCGGCCCAGCUGCGGCAGCUGGAGGCCGAUGUCGCCUGCGUGGCACAGAGCGUGGACAUCCACAAGGAGAAGGUGUCGCGGCGCGAGAUCGGCGCCCUGACCGUCACCAGGAGGUGCCUGAGCUUCCAGAAGGUUCUGCCCCCGCCGGAGCCCCCCGUGCCGGAGCCCUACUACCGGAGACCCCUCAACUUCAGCGCGCUGGACGGCGUGGGCCACGGGGUCAAGGACACCAGCACGCAGCUGUCCCGCACCGGCACCCUGGCUCGCAAAAGCACCAAAUCCUCCUCGGCCCAGGCUGCGGGGACACUGGGGAGGAGCAGCCGUGUCCCCGAGCCGGUGCAGCCGCCCGUGGUUCCCGCGGGGAAGCUCCCGAGCGGCUCCUGCGGCUCCUCCCCGCUGCCCCCCAGCUCCAGUGGGACCCCGGCAGCUCCUGGGGACGGAAUUCCUGCCCCGCCACCACUGCCGGGGCCACCCCCGAUGGCACCGUCCCUUCCUGUGCCACCCCCAAUGGCACCGUCCCCACCAGGGCCGCCACCCCCGCCUGGCGCUGCCAUCCCCUUUCCGCCGCCCCUCCCUGGGCACCUGCUGCCCCCUCCCCCAGGUGAGUGCCCGGUGCCCGGGGGGUGACGGGGGCACGGGGGGCAGCGUGUGCCCCGUCCCCGUCCCUCCCGAGCCCCUCACCCCUUCUGGGCUCUCGCAGCCCCCGACGACCUCGAGCUGCCACCGCCGCCCCCGGCCGAGGCUGACCCUGGGGACCCGGCCCUGCCACCGCCGCCCCCGGCCGAGGAGCCCCCGUGGGCCCCGCAGAGCUGCCUGUAG